AUGUCUCUUCUUCCACGUAUUGCCAUAAAUGGAGCUCGUGCUCUUAAAAUUAAUCCUUCUAUUUCUUGUAUUCGCCUUUGCUCUGGAGUAGCAUCAAAAGUUCCACAAUUUGAGGCAUUAUCCAACAAACCACUUCCUGUUGACAUGAAACCAGCAAAAGAAUUUUUGAUUGAAAAGUAUUUGACUGUUGCUUUUAUGCCAUUUAUUCCUGCUGCCUAUUUUAUUCAUGGUCCAGCAAUGGAUAUGGCUUUAGCUAUUGGUUGUUCUAUCCAUGUUUAUCUUGGAUGGCACAUGGUUACUACUGACUAUGCUCGUCCUUUCCUUUAUGGAAAUACUUUAGCUAAAAUUGGUCGUGCUUCAGCUAUUGUCUUUGCUAUUACUUGUUUAGCUGGACUUUUACAUUUCAACUAUAAUGAUGUUGGAUUGACAAAAGCUUUUGAAAUGGUUUUUGCUCUUUAA